UUCUUAGCAUGUUUAUUCUCUUCUUUCCAGUGGCCAAAGGACAAGUUUAAAUUUCUUAUUUCCUCUAGGGAGCCUGGAGAGAGGCAACAGGCACCAAAUACAGGAAAUCAUGUGGAGAGGAUCUCUUACUUAUUACAGUUUCCCAUAUUACUUCCCUUCCUCCAGCCUCCGCCCCCACCUCCAGCCACCCUGUGUCUCCCAGCUUUUUCCUGCAGCAGAGAACAGAAGGCACUUCACCUCUGCUCCCUAAGGUCGGUGUGAGCCCCGAGGAUCUGAAGUCUGGUCUCAUGAAACCCCACCCUCCUGUAGCUGUGUGAUUGAAUGGGAGGUCACUGAGCUACGUCUCACAUAAGAGGUUCUUGGGAAGAUCUCCAGCACAGGGUUAAACUUCAGGAGCCUGCACACCACAGAAAAGAAAGGCAAAGGAUCUCAAACUUGAAGAAAUGAAAUCCCCAAGGAGAACCACUCUGUGCUUCAUGAUUAUUGUGAUUUAUUCUUCCCAAGCUACGCUGAACUUGAAUUUAGAGUCUAUUGUUCAUCCUUCGAUUCUCCGUGGACACGAACCGGCAGGGGAGGAGCCACCACGGCAUAAACGAGCAGUUGCCUCGAGCAGUCCUGCAGUGGAUGAGCACACUGUUGAUAUUGAGAUCAGUUUUGAAAAUGCCUCCUUCCUGGAGCCUAUCAAAGCUCACUUGAACAACCUCAGUUUUCCAAUCCAAGUGAACAGCACUGACCAAGUCAUCAACAUUUUGAGCAUAGAGGUGACAACAGUUUGCAGACCUGCUGGAAAUGAAAUCUGGUGCUCCUGCGAGACAGGCUAUAGGUGGCCUCAGGAAAGCUGCCUCCCCCAUCUCACCUGCCAAGACCAUGGCGGCUCGCCUGCAGGACAUCAUUGCAGUUGCCUUAAAGGACUGCCUCCUAAGGGACCUUUUUGCCAACUCCGAGGAGCAGAUGUUACCCUGAGAAUGUCGGUCAGACUCAAUGUGGGCUUCCAAGAAGACCUCAGGAACUCUUCCUCUGCCCUCUAUAGGUCCUACAAGACUGACUUGGAAACGGCGUUCUGGAAAGGUUACAGGAUUUUGCCAGGCUUCAAAAUGGUGACUGUGACAGGGUUCAGGCCCGGAAGUGUGGUUGUGACAUACGAAGUCACGACUACAACAUCAUCACCUGAAUUAAUGCGUAAAGCGAAUGAGCAAGUAUUACAGAACCUCAAUCAGACCUACAAAAUGGACUACAACUCCUUUCAAGCAGUUACAAGUAAUGAAACUAAGUUCUCUGUCAUACCAGAAAUCAUCUUUGAAGGGGAUACGGUAAUUCUGGUGUGUGAAAAUGAAGUUCCGUCCUCCAACGUGUCCUGGUACCAUGUCGAAAGGCGCUCCGACAUCCAGAACAGCAGCAGAUUCUGGAUUUACACCUCCGUGCUCAACAACAUGACCUCAGUGUCACGCUUCACUAUUUACAACAUCACUCAGGGUGACGCAGGUGAAUAUAUUUGCAAACUGACAUUAGAUAUUUUUGAAUACGAAGCCAGGAAAAAAAUAAAUGUUACACCCAUCCAAAUUUCGGCAAAUGAAGAAAUGCAGGUGAUGUGCGACAGUCCUGUAUCUUUGAACUGCUGCAGUGACAUUCAUGUUAACUGGAGUAAAAUAGAAUGGAAGCAAGAGGGGAAAAUAAGCAUUCCAGGAAACUCUGAAACAGACACAGAUCCCAGGUGCAGCAAAUACACCCUCCACGCCAACGAAGUUCAGUGUCUAAGUGGGUUGGCUGGAAUGACAGUCGUCUACACCUGUGAGUUCACCAGUGCCCAUGGAGCCAGAGGCAGUAAGAACAUACAAGUGACAUUCACCUCUGUGGGAGCUAAUUCCAGCCACAAAGGGGAAGUGCACGAGUUCCUAAGGCAUGUGAAGGAAAUGAGUACAAUUCAGAGCACCACCGGGAACAGCCUAGAAACAAGUAAAGCCCCGGAGCCGCAAGCCAACCUAAUAAUAACCCCGGACCCAAUUUCUGUUUCUGAGGGACAAAGCUUUUCUAUAAAGUGCACCAGUGAUGUGAAUAGCUAUGAUGAGGUGUACUGGAACACUUCUGCUGGCAUUAAAAUACACAAAAGGUUUUAUACCACAAGGAGGUGUCCCAAUGGAACAGAGUCAGUACUGACGGUGAAGACCGCGACCAGGGAGUGGAACGGAACCUAUUACUGCAUAUUUAGAUAUAAGAAUUCAUACAGUGUUGCCACCAAAGAUGUCACUGUUCAGCCUCUGCCGCUGGAGUCGAACAUCAUGGUUGAUCCUUUGGAAGCUGUCGUUCCACUCAGAGGUUCCUGUCACUUGAAGUGCUGCAUAGAGGAUGAUGAAGACUACAAAGUAACUUUCCAAAUGGACUCCUGGUCCUUUCCUGCUGCAAAAGAAGUGAACGGAAAACAAGUGUGCUACAAAUAUGAUUUCACGGCAAACUCAGUUUUCCAGUGUCCAAAACAUGUUGAUGUGUUUUGUCAUUUUACCAAUGCUGUUAAUAACUCAGUCCGGAGCACGUCUAUGAAGCUUAAUCUGGUUCCUGAGAUGACCAUCAUGUGCCAGGAUCCUGUAAUAGGUGUUGGGGAGCCUGGGAGAGUCAUCCAGAAGCUGUGCCAGUUCUCAGACGUUCCCAGCAGCCCUGGAGGUCCUGCUGGCGGGAUCAUAACUUACGAAUGUGUAGGCUCCCAGUGGAAGGUGAAGAGAAACAACUGCAUCUCUGCCCCAAUAAACAGUCUGCUGCAGCUGGCCAAGGCUUUGAUCAAGAGCCCCACACAGGACAAGAAGCUCCCUACAUACCUAAAGGAUCUUUCUAUUAGCACAGGCAAGGUGGGAAACGAAGUCAGCUCAUUUCCUGGGAGCCUGGGAGCCAUUAUUAACAUCCUUGAUUUGCUUUCAACAGUUCCAACCCAAGUGAAUUCAGAAAUGAUGACGCACGUUCUCUCUACGGUUAAUGUCAUCCUGGACAAGCCCAUCUUGAGUACCUGGAAGGUGUUACAACAACAACAGACCAAUCAGAGCUCACAGCUACUGGACUCAGUGGAAAGAUUUUCCCGAGCGCUACAGUCAGAAGAUGGCACCUCUUUGUGCAUCUCUCAAACUAAUGUGCAGAUGAAGGGCAUGGUAAUAAGAUCUGGCCACCCAAAAUCCUACAAACAGAGCUUUCUUUUCGCAGACUCUGACCUCUGGGGCAAUGUGGCCAUUGACAAUUUCCAGCUGGAAAACCUGCAAACGGAUUCAUCUAUUGUCACCGUGGCUUUCCCAACUCUCAAAACCAUUAUUGCCCAGGAGGUUCAGGGUGAGAAUUUUACAAACAGCUUAGUGAUGACGACCACUGUCACCCACAAUAUAACCAUGCCGUUCAGUAUUUCAAUGACUUUUAAGAACAACAACCCUUUAGGCGGGCUACCACGGUGUGUCUUCUGGAACUUCAACCUUGCCAACCAUACCGGGGGGUGGGACAACAGUGGGUGCUAUGUCAAAGAAGUCAAUGAGGACAGCGUCUCCUGCAGCUGUGACCACCUAACAUCAUUCUCCAUACUCAUGUCCCCUGACUCCCCAGACCCUGGUUCUCUCCUGAAAAUACUACUGGAUAUCGUUUCCUACAUUGGGUUGUGCUUCUCCAUCUUGAGCUUAGCAGCCUGUCUGGUUGUGGAAGCCGUGGUGUGGAAAUCAGUGACCAAGAAUCGGACUUCCUAUAUGCGUCACACCUGCAUUGUGAACAUUGCUGCUUCCCUUCUGGUUGCCGACAUCUGGUUCAUUGUGGCCGCCGCCAUCGAUGACCAUCACUACAUACUCAAUGAGACGGCCUGUGUGGCCACCACCUUCUUCAUCCAUUUCUUCUACCUCAGUGUCUUUUUCUGGAUGCUGACUCUGGGUCUCAUGCUCUUCUACCGCCUGGUUUUCAUCCUGCAUGACACAAGCAGGUCCACUCAGAAGGCUAUUGCCUUUUCUCUUGGCUAUGGCUGCCCUCUUGUCAUCUCAGUCAUCACGGUGGGGGCCACCCAGCCACAGGAAGUCUACACGAGGAAGAACGCCUGUUGGCUCAAUUGGGAGGAUACCAAGGCCCUGCUGGCCUUUAUCAUCCCGGCACUAAUCAUUGUGGUGGUGAACGUGACCAUCACGGUAGUGGUCAUCACUAAGAUCCUGAGACCUUCUAUUGGAGACAAGCCAAGCAAGCAGGAGAAGAGUAGCCUCUUUCAGAUCAGCAAGAGCAUUGGGGUCCUCACACCACUCUUGGGGCUCACCUGGGGGUUUGGUCUUGCCACUGUGUUCCCGGGGAGCAAUGCUGUGUUCCAUAUUGUAUUUACCCUCCUCAACGCUUUCCAGGGAUUAUUCAUUUUACUCUUUGGGUGCCUCUGGGAUCAGAAGGUACAGGAAGCCUUGCUGAAUAAGUUUUCCCUGUCGAGAUGGUCAUCACAGCUUUCAAAGUCAACAUCCCUAGGUUCAUCUACACCUGUGUUUUCUAUGAGUUCUCCAAUAUCCAGAAGAUUUAACAAUUUGUUUGGUAAAACAGGAACAUACGAUGUGUCCACCCCAGAAACAACCAGUUCAUCCGUGGAAAACACAUCCAGUGCUUAUUCGUUGCUCAACUAAGAACAGGAAAAUUCAACCCAGGUGAACUCUUGAGGAACCGUGAACGUGCUCUGAAAAAGAGAUCCUUUCAAGCCAUCGGUAAAAUGUUUCCUCCACAGGAUUCUGGGAGCAGACGCUGAAGAGACUUUUCCAUUAGGGAAGAGGCUUUCUUUUGUAAAGACAGAUUAAAAGUAAAUUGUUACAUUUAUUGUGCUGCCCCACCCCCGACCCCUUGUGUGAUACCAACUGUGUAUAGUAUUUAAGUGAGAUCAAGCUCCUCAAGGCCCAGCUUCUCUGUGUAUGUUGUAAAACAGAAUUUUGAAGAGACAUUUUCACUUUUCACAUGUUGGGCACAAAGAUAAGCUUUGAUUAAAAUAAUAAGUUAAAAGCUAGUACCUAGGAAAUACUUCAGUGAAUUCUGGGAAGGAAGGAAGGAAGCGAGGAAGGAGGAAAGGAAGGAAGAAGGGAAACAGCAGGAAAAAAAUAGAGAAAAACAACAUUAAGGACCACAUUUUAAGAUUUCCAUAUUAAUUAUCUAAUACAAUUACUCAGAUACUGCAACACACAAUUAAAAAAUGGCUCAAAAAUGGAAACUGAAAGUAAGGCACAGGGAAAUUUCAAUAUCUUCCUGGUGUUUUCUUAGCUGAGAGAGAAAAAAAGGGCAGUGGGAGAACUAAGGAGGAAAUUACAGGAUGCUUUCAUCAGAAUGCUUUCGAGUGGAUAAUAAUAUUUAUAAGAAAUUCGUGGAAAGAGGCGCAAUUCUCCUGAUGCUAAACACACACAUCUGUGCCUUUGUAUGUUAAGCUUUGAGCUAAGUGGAUUGAAUAUGCAGAGAAAGUGGAAUAACCAUGUUUUGUCAGAUCCAGCAGAUCUAUGGAUUACAUUUUUAUAGUUUAUCAGAAAAGCCUUAUGUUUUGGAUUAUUCCACAUUUUGAAAGCAAAAAAUAUAUUUUUUUAUAUCCACUAAUUGCCAAAUGUGAUAUAUUGCACUGAAAACAGACUCCAACUGCCAUGUAUUAUAUUUAACAGCUUUAACCAGGUACUUCUCUGUGCAGUAGAGAAUAGAUUCUAAUAGUCUUAUAGCAUUGUAUAUUGUUAUUGUUGUUGUUACUGUGGAUGUAGUGGCCUUGGUGUGUAGCUCUCUGUGUAUUAGCUCCUUCAUUUUCUAAACUCCCAGACCAACUAAUAUCCAUUAAGAAUUUUGUACAGUCUGAUUUGUGUUUGUUGCAACCAUUUAGAAAUCUUAUGGGAAGUAGUUUUACAGCUGGUUAGUCCAUGCUCCUAAUGACACUUUACCUUGAUGAACAGAAAGUGGAGCUUUUUCCAAGAAUUUGACUAUUUGUGACUUCUGUGUGUGUGUGUUUUGUGUGUGUGUGUGCAUUUCAGAAAAACACAAAUAUUUAUUAAAAUUGCAUCCAUAUUGAAAUUAACCAUAUGUUGUCGCCACGGCAACCAUACAAAAGUCUGAUCCCAAGGGGACAAUAAGACAGAACAAAAAUGCGGGACCGCUGGGGAAAUGCCGGCUGUGUGGUCUCCAUAAGGACUGAGAACAUAAAUGGGCCCCGCCAUCGGGAAGGCAAGACAAAAGAGGCUGAGAUUCAGAAACCAUUUAUUACUGAGGCUCGAAAGAGUUUUCUUUUAACAUUUUAACUCAUUAAAAUCUCUUCCUCUCUUUUCUUCAUGGGAACGGGGAGGUGGGACAGACAGAAGUUCUAAUAACGUUUAACGUAAAUGGACUCUUAUUUCUAUGUCUUCACAGAUGACGUAGACAUCUACUCCUACGUUCGUCUGAAAAUUGUCACAUUGCUCUCCCAACUGAAUACUUGUUAAAGUCCCCAAAGGAAAUGACUGUUAGGCUCUGAAAUCCUCCAGGGCGUGAUCAACUUUGGGCAGAGCACACUACUGAGAAGACAGAGGCAGAGGUUAGGUUGGAGGAUGAGUUGAAUUAGAAGGAGAUAUUAGAGAAAGAAUGGCUUUGACUGAUUUGGUCCCUGGGGUUGUACCAGCGAGAACUGAGGGGGGGUGAUAGCCAGUGUCAGCAUGACCAUCUUGACAUGAUCAGCCAAGGAAAGCACAGCGCUUGGCAGGAGUUUAAAAAUACAGUGGGACAAGAAACUCUGAACUUCCACCCACUUCUGUAGGGAUCCCUUGGGAAUCACAGUGUCUGAUGUGGAUGGAACCUCCAUAAUGGCAGGAUCCUUUGGCGCCCUUCCAUAGGAUGUGGGUCUGGCCCUCUGCCCACGUGCACUAACUGAAGCACAUUCGCUGACCCAGCACACACACACACACACACACUCACACACUCACACACACACACAGGCAUGCAUAUACCUCCCACUUUCAAGCCACAGCACUGGAUCCAAAUUCCAGAAAAGCUAUGGAAACAAAAAAUUAGAGAAAUACUUGCUGGUUUUCUACCCAACUGCAAGCUAGAUAGUUCAACCACUGUUCUUUACCAAGAAUAUCCUAAAAUGAGCAGUAGAAUGCAGAAUUGUAAAAGGCAGCAGUCCAUGAAUCUGUAAAGUAUACGCAAGCGGAGCCCCGCUUGACCCUGAGGUCACUAGGUCUCGAUCAGCAAUGGUUACAAGGCUUUUAGUAACAGAUUUCUGGGGGAAUAAGGAGGAAGGAGGAACAUUGGCUCUGAUGUCGGCCCAAAGUGAGAUGUGUGGUCUACUUUGCUCGUGAGACGCCCAGUGCUUCCCCACGAUCCUAACCCCUCUCAGUGUGUCCAGUUGGUUCCAUGGGCCAGAACUUUCCUGCAUUAAGGCAGCUUCUAUUAAGUCAGUUUCUUGCAGAGGGAUCUGCGCUCAUGCUUCAGAGGUUGUGAGGUUGCUCUGGAGGUUCAGAAAUGAACGAUUAAUAUAAACUACAGAAAUAUUCUCUGGGAAUGUUCGAAGUCCAGUGUCACACAUCAUCUCUUGAAUGAGUCAUGUGUCUGCCAUCCUCCUCCCCAUUUCUUCUUGUUUAUAUGGAGAAAGAGGUAAAUAAAGGUCUAUGGCGUCUUCAGGAUGUAGAUUGCUAAGGUCAGAAAUUAAGAAACACUGUGGGAAGUCAUAGCCUCCUGUGGCUUAUGUGGAGAACUUCAGAGGUCCGUGUUGGAAGGUUGAAAAGACGUUACACAGAGAUGAGAAAGAUGGUAGCACCCAGCAUGGGCAGAAGUGAGGGAGGGAGUUAUUGUGAGGUGAGUGGAAUAGAAAGUCACAACCAUUUCAGAAGACAAAAAGGAAUGAAUGUGGUCCUAGAAAUGCCAGGUAGGUGAAACACAUUUUAUUUGUGGCCUGUAGCAGUGAUGUCAAAUGGGGCUUCUGCAUUCCAAAGAGAAAGUCAGUGACCCGGGCCAACAGAACCCUAAUUCCCUGAGUGUACAAAAUAAACAAAGGGGCUUCCAGGGGAUGUAUCUUUCUCAUGUUUUUCUUUUUAAAGUCCGUGAAAACAGUGUCUCAUCAUUUCAAAGAUGUUAGCCUUGAAAUUAGGUGCUAUAGGUUCCUAACAUCAUGACUUGGGAUUUUAAAUCGUGUCUUAAUAGUACGCCAGCGUGCAGCUAUGUUUCCUUUCAUGCUUGUCACAAUAAAAUAUCUCACAAGA